UUUUUACUCAAUAAUCAUUUUUAACUGAACUAUCUUUCAUAAAAAUAUAAUGAUAUCGUAAAAUCUUCAGAUAUACUACUUCAGUUAAAAAUGAUCACAUGACAUUGAUGGAGGUCCUGAUUACUCAAUCCUAACAAAUAGAAACAGUAGAUGGAUCCUUAUGGAGGAGACCCUGGUUCAUGAGUUGAAGUCAGAAAUCACCAGACAGCAGAAAGAAAUAAAUUCUCUCAUCAAAGACCUGGAAGUGGCAAAAAAGCAAGUUAGCAACCUAGACCUGAUCACAAAAGAACAGAAGGAAGAAAUCUUAGAACUUAGGAGAAAACCAACAGCAGAUAAUGGUAUAUCAAUCUGGAAAAUUCAAGGUCCAGGUACCAUGAUAUUUAAACCUGACAUGAAAAUCAACCUAACCACACAGGAUACUAACAACAACAGAGAAGAAAUCACCUCCAUGGAAGACAGUGAUUCUGAAGAAGAACUCAUUCCUAUCAAAGACCAACAGAUGUUGCAAAUGAAGAAAAGACCACUGGAAUAUGACCUCAGUGAAGGAGAUGAGGUGCAAUCGCCAAAAAAGAUCAGAAAAGAAUAA